AUGAUGCAGGACAAAAAUAUAUGGUGGGGGAAACUGUCGGAUGUGGUUGGCAGAAGACCGAUUCUGCUGAGUUCAAACGCGACUCUGAUGAUCAGUAUGGUGCUAAUAGGCUUCAGUUUCUCCUUCCCAUGGACCGUCUGCGUGCUAUUUUUGGAAGGACUUUUUAACGGCACCGUCGUUGUGGCCAAGACAUAUCUAUAUGAGGUUUGCCCUCCGGAGUACCAUUCAUUGGCCUUUUCCAUUUUCUUGGUGCCUAGCAACGUGGCCCAAUUUGUGGGUCCUACACUGGGUGGAUUUUUGUCCUGCCCAGCCACAAGAUUCGAGGUGUUCGACAUCCCGCUUUUCAAGCAGUUUCCGUACCUGCUGCCCUGCGCCGUAGUGGCGUGUUUGCAGUUCUGCAUUCUGAUAGUUGGCUGCCUUUUUCUGACCGAAUCGUUGGGCAAAAAACUCAAAGAAGAGUACAUCGAUCUAACCGAAGUAUCUACCGAUUCGGAAGAAGAUGGGGAAAAACGACAAGAGGACUCCAUCACGGGCAUUCUACGGGACAGACUGGUGCUGACCUCCUGCGUGGUUUACGCUAUCUUUGCGCUGGCGAGCAUCUGUAUCAACCAGACGUUGUUGGCCCUCCUGCUGGUUUCUGACCCCGACCAUGGCGGAUACAGCUUCGGUCCUGCAGAGGUCUCCGUCGUCCUGACCACGAUCGCCGUCUACGGCACCGUCACGAAGGCAUCGAUAAACCCUUACAUCGCGUCCAAGUUCACCUACAAGACGGUGUACGUGAUUGGACUUGUGCUGUACGCUGUGGGAAUCUCCUUGCUUCCGUCAAUGUCCGGCAUCACGGGGGUAGGAGCCGUGGCGAGUCGCAAACUCUCAAACAAAACAGCGUCCUCUAGCGACUUCACACUGAACUUCACUACAGCUGAACGCAUCUCGACGACGUCACCACAAGUGAUGACGGAAGGUUACUUACAGAAAGCGGCAGAAAUGAACGUGACAGCCGCGAGACCGCUUCCCGGCCAGUGUCGCAUAGCAGACGGAGACAAGACGGAGACCUCCCAGCCCCCGGCCUCAGACCUACUCGCCAGGGUCUGGGCUCCACUACUGUUUGUAGUGUUGGUGAUGGAACAGGGACGCGCAUUCUCGUUCCUGGCCGGCAUGGUUCUGGUAGGAAACGCCAGUGUGCAAUCCAACCGGGGGACGAUCAACAGCAUAGCGCAGAUUCUGGCGUCACUGAUGCGGCUGGCGGGACCGGUGACGAGCGCCAACCUGUUCGCUUGGAGCAACGAUAACGGGCUGCCCUGGCCGUUGGAUCACCAUCUGGGUUUCUAUGUGGUGGCCGUUCUGUGCCUCCUGAUGGCGGUCCUCUGCGCAAGUUUACCGGCUUCCAUCAACAAGCCCAGGAUCGCCCUGGACAGCCCGACAGCGUCGGAGGGAAGCGACGGGGGGAAGGGCCAAGGGAAAUAAGAAAAGAAAAACCACUGAAGGCGGGCAUGGAAAUGCGAAACCAGGAGCAACAAUAUAAGCAAUAUGGACAUUGUUUGAUUAAAGUACUUUGUUAAAUGUCUUGUAAAAAAGGAGACCAACAUUUUGAAUUUUGAAAUGGUAAAGGAUUCACAUAACUUAAGAUAUAUAAUUCAAUUUGUUCCAAAUUUGUGUCGCCUGUAUAUGAUUAAAAUUGUUGUUGAUUUGAUUUGACAGUUAUAAAGAAGACUGGCCUUAGAUAAUGGCUUUGUCUUCUUUUGUGUAAAUAUCUGAGUUUAAAAUAUGGUGUCAUAGCUGGAUUCCGAAAGACAGAGAUAUUUGUUUGUUAUUUCAAACAUCAACAAGAUACAUUAGGACUUUUCAGCUUUUUCAACAAAAGAAGCAUUAGGGGAAAUGCACUUCUGUUUAUGUCAUAUUUACAUUAAGUAUUUUUUUAGCUUUUUAAGCAAAAGGAGCACUAGG